AUGUCAGCACUUCUUUCGUUCAUCGGGUGGUCUUUCUUACCUUCUCUGGUCACUGGGUGGAUCCUGUCAUUUUGGUACCGUUUUAUAACGCGCGCUGGCGAUCCAAUCCCACAAAGAGGUACCCCGCGGUGGGUACGUGACUACAAACGCAUCAAUAUCAGUGUUAUAGGCGCCUACCUACUCUACACAAUCUACGAGUCCUAUCAUGGGAUUAUACACACGCCCAAUUUCUACGCAUUCAUGAGGUCCAAUAUUGAUGUGGACGAAAGAACACUCAAGUCUAAGUUCCGUAGGCUUACAGUGUUAUAUCAUCCGGAUAAAGUUGGACUUGGUGGAGAGGAGCAAUUCGUCAUGUUGAAGCUGGCAUAUGAUGUUUUGUCUGAUCCGGUUAAGAGAUUUGCGUAUGAUCGCUUUGGGCCUGACAUGCUAGACUGGAAACAUUGCAGUUCAAUGUACGACUAUCUGGUUAGAGGGGGUACAAUGAUGCUCCCAUAUUAUGCGGGAAGUCUAUUAUUCCUAGUGAUCUUGUCGGUCCUUGGGAAAGCAGAAUUUGGGCGUUACUGGCGAUUCUUCACCUUCUUCUGCUUGAUCACUUUCGAAACUGCUGUUGUGACCCGUCCUGCCUUUCCCUCACUCCCUUUCUUCGCCCCUCUCCUUCCAUUCGAGCAGCUCAUUCUUGCACGUAAAAUUGCAUUUACGACUUUUAUUGCAAUUUCUCAACUUGCCCCACUCUUUCAAUCACAACGAAACACGGGCCCUCCCACCGUCGAGUCCAUGCGCCCACAACUGGAACGUCUAUUUGGUUUUACAAAGUUUGCAGACACCGAAGCUAGCAAUCUCCUUGCGCUCGACUUCCUCCCGUACGAGUCAGAUGUGGAUGCGGUGAGGGAUGUACAGACCAAGAUGAAAAACUGGUUAGUUGAGAACACAGUCAGGAAUGAUCCAGAGGUUAGGGACGCGGUUGGGAAUGUCUUGAAAAAAAGGAGAACUGGUGUUCCGAGUGGGGCGAAGGGGAAUAGGUAA